AUGGCCCCCGUUCGUGGUGGUGUGGGGGCCCUCCUGAUGCUGCUAUUGCUGCGGGGGGUCACAGUACUGGUGCUGAUGCAUUUUGCGGGGACUGCAGCUCGGCUGGCGGAGUCAGCUGCUGCACCAUCGUCCAACACCGGAAUGGUCGCGAACGCGGUUCUGGAGGAUCCGGAGUUCACCGAUGUCAUCGAGAAUAUCACCGUUCCUGCCGGCAGAAACGUUAAACUGGCCUGUUCGGUGAAGAAUCUAGGGUCGUACAAGGUUGCAUGGAUGCAUUUCGAGCAGUCUGCCAUCCUGACCGUACACAACCAUGUUAUCACACGCAACCCCCGGAUCAGUGUGACACACGACAAACAUGACAAGCACAAAACCUGGUUCCUGCACAUCUCCAACGUGCAGGAGGAGGAUAAGGGACGCUAUAUGUGCCAGAUCAACACGGUGACGGCCAAAACCCAGUUCGGUUAUCUUCACGUGGUCGUGCCACCCAACAUCGACGAUUCGGUUUCCUCCAGCGACGUGAUCGUCCGGGAAGGUGCCAACGUGACGCUGCGCUGCAAAGCCACCGGAAGUCCGCCGCCGUCGAUCAAGUGGAAACGGGACGACAACACGAAAAUUGCCAUCACCAAAAAUAAUAGCGUGCUUGAAUGGGAAGGCGAUGUGCUGACGCUGUCACGUGUUUCACGCUUCGAUAUGGGAGCCUAUCUAUGCAUUGCCUCGAACGGAGUGCCCCCGAGUGUGUCCAAAAGGAUUAAAGUCAGUGUCGAUUUUCCGCCGAUGCUGUGGAUACCGCAUCAGCUUGUCGGAAUUCCCGUUGGCUACAAUGUAACGCUAGAAUGUAACAUAGAAGCCCAUCCUACCUCACUCAACUAUUGGACGCGGGAAAACGAUCAGAUGAUUCACGAUUCGUUCAAAUACAAGACUGAAUCGAUACCCGGCACGCCGUCGUACAAGGCAGUGAUGAGACUGUACAUUACCGAGGUACAGCAUAGUGACUACGGAAUCUACAAGUGCAUAGCGAAAAAUCCACGCGGCGAGACCGAUGGGACAAUCAGACUCUAUUCAUCUAGCCCGCCUACGACGAUACCACCCUCGACAACCGAGAGCAUCAUUACGACCGUUGCCACGACAAAAUCCGCCUUUGAACUACCUUUCGGAUCAACAACAAUCGUCCCCGUCGGCUACAUUGACAAAGGAAACAAAUAUCAAUCCAAUCUGAACGACGUCGAUCGAUCGGAACAAAAAUCCAGCAAUGGAUCCAAAUCCAGCAGAGAUCGAGCUACUUCAAAACAGCCAAAGCAUAGUGUUUUUCGAAAAUUGGAAGAAGUGGCGUCACUGAAAAAGCAACGUCGCGAAUUGAUUUUGCACAAGCACCUGGAAAAACCUAAGCUCUCUCAUCGGGAUUUCGGAAAACAACUCGGAAUCGUGCGUUUAACGAGUUUUUUCCGUGAUACAAUUGGAUCUGGAACAUCGGUUAACGAUGGGUCUAGAGGUUUCCUGCUGUUCUCCAACAAAAGAGACAAAAUUGGAAAAACGAAACAGCAGCACACCAAAAACGGAGAAGCGUAA